CAGUUUUCGAUCCUUUUCGAUUGGUCAAUUCGAACUUCAAAGCGAUCUUCCGGCAUUUGACUACCUAAAGCUUGGCAAUGCAGCGACUGACCAGUAUCUUAUUGCUUUGGGUGGCUUGCUGCACGGCGGGUGCUGCAUCUACCGUUGGAAACGAUGUGAGUGCAUUACAUCACGACGGUGAGUUGCUGGAGGAGCUGCGUGUGUUGUAUCCGGAGCCAAACGUGCUGUACAAGUCUCCUAUAGUUUUCCGCUUCCAGAUUGUAAUGCCGGACUUCAGCGCAUUGAUGGCCGCGUAUACUGGUCUACGUUGGCUGUGUUUGCAGCUGGAUGAUACUUGGCGACGCUGUAUUCCAAUCGAGAGCGGAGCUCUCAUGAUAGAGUCGAUAGAAGCUGGUAACCACACGGCGCGCCUCGUCAUGUUUGACUCAGCCACACCCGAGACAGGAAAGGAGCUGCUACAAUCAUAUGAAGUGGCGUUCACGGUCCUGAGCGAUGAAGACUUUGCAGCGUCUCUAAAGCAACAACGCCUUGACGACUUAGCGCUCUACGGACCUGAAAUCAGAGAAACUGAGAACAUGAACAUUGUAGAGUGGUUUCGACUACAAAACAGUGAAGGAGGAUCUAAAACAGCAAACUAUGUGACUCAUGAGGUCGAUCCUGCCACUGGUGACACGGCAGCUAAACUUCCAAACAGCAGCCCGACUAACCCGCCGUUGCUGGUCAUCGGAGUGAAGACCAGAGUCAUCGCCGGUUUUCUGUUUCGACAGGCCAUCCGCCAGACUUGGGCCAGCAAGGAUAACUUGCCGUCAAAUGUCCGCGUACUCUUUGCUGCUUGCCGAAUUCCGGUAGACGCAAGUGAAGAAGUUCGUCAAGCCAUAGCCCACGAGCAAAAGGUUUACGGUAGUGACUUGCUCACAGACGUUCUGGACUGCGAGGACUCAUACGCGUCACUGCCCCAGAAGGUUAAAGAGUUUCUUUAUUUCGUGGGAACUGACCAUGUACUCCGAAGAGCUGGAUACGUUAUGAUCGCUGACGAGGACGUGUAUGUGCGAGCCGAUGUCUUUGCGGAGCAACUCGCAGCAUUAGGACCGCUCACUGACCUUUAUGCUGGUCAUGUGAAGGAAGGCAACGCGUUCCUACCGGAGCGAGACCCACAGAGACGUUACUAUCUGCCUGAAUCCGUGUAUCCGUUGGACGAGUUUCCACCUUUUGCAUGGGGUCCACACUACCUCAUGUCGAUGGAUGUGGUAGAUUUCAUCGCGUAUAAUCGUGAAGAAUUGCAGGGACUUGGAUGUCUGGACGAUGUGACUAUAGCACUGUGGCUUCUGGCCAUCCAAGUCCAUCCGCAACACCUUGCCCAAUUCCAAAACUUGCGCGAGGCGCCAUGCACGAACGAGCUACUCGCGUACGCAGACUUGGGGCCACCAGCGAUGCGAAUUAUCCACAACAACUUAAAGUCAGGACGCAACUUCUGCCUCGGCUUCAAUCGGCACACGUGGGAUAAAGACGCAAACUAGAGCUAGCGAAAUGCAACAAAUACCAUUUACAUUUACCAAAUUUCUUGCUUCUUUGUAGAGCCAAGCGAAGCGGAAUUAGCAUUGCUAAUCAAAAAAUCGAACGAACUUGAU